AUGCGCCUCCUGGAGCGCAAUGAUACCGGCGAUGUCAGUUUGACGGGCGACAUUCCCGACAACCAGGUCCCACCGUAUGCGAUACUUUCGCACACAUGGGGCGACGAAGAGGUCAGCUUUGAGGAUGUAACGGACAGUACGCGCAAGAACAAAAGAGGCUACUCUAAGAUCCAGUUUUGCGGAGACCAAGCCGGGCGUGAUGGACUGAAAUUCUUCUGGAUCGACACAUGCUGCAUCAACAAGUCCGACUGCGAUGAGUUUCAGGAGGCUCUCAACUCUAUGUUCCGAUGGUACCGCAAUGCGGCCAAAUGCUAUGUCUAUCUCACAGACGUCUCAACCUACCAACAGGACGCCAAUAGCAAUCCCGGUUGGGAAUUGGCUUUUCAGAAAUCCAGAUGGUUCACUCGUGGGUGGACCCUCCAAGAGCUUAUUGCGCCAACAAUUGUUGAAUUCUUCUCCGAAGACCGCAAACGCCUAGGAGAUAAGAAGUCUCUCGCACAGCAUAUUCACAACAUAACUGGCAUUCCUCUAGGAGCUCUCCAAGCCAACAAAUUGUCCGAUUUCAGCUUUGACGUACGCAUGUCGUGGAUUAAACACCGCAGCACGACGCGCGAAGAAGACAGGGCUUACUGUUUGUUCGGCAUCUUUAACGUACAAAUGCGGCUUCUAUACGGCGAAGGAGAAGAACGAGCAUUUGAGCGGCUGCGAGAGGAAAUUAGUAAGUAUGAUCGCUGUCUGUCCAGUCUGCAUUCUACCGACCCGCGCCUUGACAAGAAGCGCAUCGAGGAGACAAAGGGUGGGUUGCUUGAUGACGCUUACCGCUGGGUUUUCGAUACCCCCGACUUCCGCGGUUGGCAUGACCGGUCAGAGAGCCGCCUUCUCUGGAUUAAAGGAGAUCCCGGCAAGGGCAAGACCAUGUUGCUCUGCGGCAUCAUUAACGAGCUGGAGGGUAUUAUUAUUGCAGACGGGCACUGUCGCAAUUUGGCCUAUUUCUUCUGCCAAGCUACCGACUCGCGCAUCAAUAACGCCAUUGCCGUGUUACGCGGCUUAAUCUACCUUCUUGCCCACCAGCAGCCACGUCUCAUCUCCCACAUACGCAAAUACACGGACAAAGCUAAAUCGCUCUCUGACGCAAAUGCGUGGUUCGUCUUCUCGGAUAUUUUGGGGGGGAUGCUAGGAGACCCGAACUUGAAGCCAACCUACCUGGUCAUCGACGCUCUGGACGAAUGCAUGGGUGACUUACCAAGACUUCUUAAAUUUAUCGUCGGGAUGUCAUCUACGUUUCCUUGUGUCAAGUGGGUCGUCUCUAGUCGCAACUGGCCGAACAUCGAGGAGAGCCUAGAAGCCGCGGAAAAGAAGAUAAGGCUCAGUCUUGAGUUGAACGAAGAGUCUAUCUCCUCCGCUGUCAGCAUAUAUAUUCAGCAUAAGAUGGAUGAACUAGCACGGCUAAAAAGGUACGACGACAGAACAAAGAACGCUGUUCAACACCACUUAACCCGCAACGCAAACGAUACAUUCCUCUGGGUGGCUUUGGUCUGUCAAGAACUUAUGAAUGUCUCACGAUCAAGGGUACUCACCAAGCUAAACACGUUUCCACCUGGUCUUGAUUCUCUCUACCAACAAAUGAUAGAUCAGGUUCGCCGCUCGAAUGAGCCAGAUCUCUGCAAACAAGUUCUGGCCGUCCUCUCCAUUACUUACCGGCCUAUCACGAUACAAGAGCUAGCGGUCUUCGUGGAUAUACCCGAGGGCAUUUCCGACGAACUGGAAUUCAUAACAGAGAUAGUAGGACUCUGCGGCUCUUUUUUGACCCUUCGAGAAACCACUAUCUAUUUCGUCCACCAAUCCGCAAAGGAUUUCUUGCUGAGAGAAGCAGCUCAUGAGGUUUUUCCUUUCGGGAUAAAAGACAUACACCAUGCCGUCUUCUUGCGAUCGUUACACGUUAUGUCCGGAACAUUACGACGCGACAUCUACAGCCUUGGCGCCCCGGGAUCCUCCAUCGACGACGCCAAGCUACCCGAUCCAGACCCGUUGGCCGCACCAUGCUAUGCUUGUAUCUACUGGGUUGAUCAUCUCUGUAACUGGCAGGCGAGUGACGAUAGUAAGCAUCCAGAUGUUUUCCAAGAUGGUGGUAUCGUCGAUGGCUUUCUGAGACAGCAUUACCUCCACUGGCUUGAAGCGCUUUCACUUUGUAAGAGCAUGCCGCAGGGGGUACUUUCAAUAGCAAACCUCGAAAGGAUUCUUCAGGUAGGCUCUACCCAGUCGAUUAUGUCUCAAUUACCAAGCCUUGUCGCUGAUAUGCGUCGAUUUGUGUUAUACUGGAGAUGGGUUGUUGAGAAUUAUCCUCUUCAGGUAUACGCUUCGGCACUUGUGUUUAGCCCCGCCCGAAGUAUAACAAGAGGCCUAUUUAGGGAGAAAGAACGGAAGUGGAUUGCUUUGGGGCCAAUUGUAGAGAAUAAUUGGAAUGCGUGCCGGCAGACGCUCGAGGGGCAUCGCCAUCCCGUCGACUCGGUAGCGUUCUCGCCCGAUUCGAAGUGGGUUGCGUCAGGAUCACGCGACAAGACCAUUAAGAUCUGGGAUGCGGCUACGGGGUCAUGUACGCAGACGCUCGCGGGGCAUCGCAAUUGGGUAAAGUCGGUAGCGUUCUCGCCCGAUUCGAAGUGGGUUGCGUCAGGAUCAGAUGACAGUACCAUCAAGAUCUGGGAUGCGGCCACGGGGUCAUAUACGCAGACGCUCGAGGGCCAUGGCGGUUCAGUCAACUCGGUAGCGUUCUCGCCCGAUUCGAAGUGGGUUGCGUCAGGAUCAAGCGACAGUACCAUCAAGAUCUGGGAUGCGGCCACGGGGUCAUAUACGCAGACGCUCGAGGGCCAUAGCGGUUCAGUCAACUCGGUAGCGUUCUCGCCCGAUUCGAAGUGGGUUGCGUCAGGAUCAGGCGACGAUACCAUUAAGAUCUGGGAUGCGGCUACGGGGUUAUGUACGCAGACGCUCGAGGGGCAUCGGCUAUUCGGUAAUGUCGGUAGCGUUCUCGCCCGAUUCGAAACGCUCGCGGGGCAUCGCAAUUGGGUAAAGUCGGUAGCGUUCUCGCCCGAUUCGAAGUGGGUUGCGUCAGGAUCAGAUGACAGUACCAUCAAGAUCUGGGAUGCGGCCACGGGGUCAUAUACGCAGACGCUCGAGGGCCAUGGCGGUUCAGUCAACUCGGUAGCGUUCUCGCCCGAUUCGAAGUGGGUUGCGUCAGGAUCAAGCGACAGUACCAUCAAGAUCUGGGAUGCGGCCACGGGGUCAUAUACGCAGACGCUCGAGGGCCAUGGCGGUUCAGUCAACUCGGUAGCGUUCUCGCCCGAUUCGAAGUGGGUUGCGUCAGGAUCAAGCGACAGUACCAUCAAGAUCUGGGAUGCGGCCACGGGGUCAUAUACGCAGACGCUCGAGGGCCAUAGCGGUUCAGUCAACUCGGUAGCGUUCUCGCCCGAUUCGAAGUGGGUUGCGUCAGGAUCAGGCGACGAUACCAUUAAGAUCUGGGAUGCAGCUACGGGGUUAUGUACGCAGACGCUCGAGGGGCAUCGCUAUUCGGUAAUGUCGGUAGCGUUCUCGCCCGAUUCGAAGUGGGUUGCGUCAGGAUCAUACGACAAGACCAUUAAGAUCUGGGAUGCGGCUACGGGGUCAUGUACGCAGACGCUCGCGGGGCAUCGCAAUUGGGUAAAGUCGGUAGCGUUCUCGCCCGAUUCGAAGUGGGUUGCGUCAGGAUCAGGCGACAAGACCAUCAAGAUCCGGGAGGCGGCUACGGGGUUAUGUACGCAGACGAUCGCGGGCCAUGGCCUUUCAGUCCACUCGGUAGCGUUCUCGCCCGAUUCGAAGUGGGUUGCGUCAGGAUCAGGCGACAAGACCAUUAAGAUCUGGGAUGCGGCUACGGGGUCAUGUACGCAGACGCUCGCGGGGCAUGGCGAUUCGGUAAUGUCGGUAGCGUUCUCGCCCGAUUCGAAGGGGGUUACGUCAGGAUCAAACGACAAGACCAUCAAGAUCUGGGAUGCGGCUACGGGGUCAUGCACGCAGACGCUCAAAGGGCAUCGCGAUUUUGUUCUGUCAGUAGCGUUCUCGCCCGAUUCGAAGUGGAUUGCGUCAGGAUCACGCGACAAGACCAUCAAGAUCUGGGAUGCGGCUACGGGGUCAUGUACGCAGACGUUCAAAGGGCAUCGCCAUUGGAUAAUGUCGGUAGCGUUCUCGCCCGAUUCGAAGUGGGUUGCGUCAGGAUCACGCGACAAGACCAUCAAGAUCUGGGAGGCGGCUACGGGGUCAUGUACGCAGACGCUCAAAGGGCAUCGCGAUUCUGUUCAGUCGGUAGCGUCUUCCAUUAACUCGACGCUGAUUGCAUCCGGAUCAGAUGAUGCCAACCCCCCAUGCUAUGGAAUAAACUCAGACAAUAGGUGGAUUACGAGGGGCUUAGAAAACUGGCUAUGGUUGCCUCCGGAAUAUCUGCCAGAAUGUUUUGCUAUAGCGGCAUCAACGGUUACUAUUGGCUGUUCUUCGGGGCGCGUCCUAAUUAUAACGUUCACGACAGACAGCUAA